AUCAGAGCCACGUCUGACCAGGCAGCCUGGAAGGUCCUCCAGGACUCCCAGAAGCUCCUGCUCGCUGCGGUCCAGAAUAUUCAUGCUGUCUCAAGAAAUUUGAACCUCUUGAGACAGUUGCCGGUCCAGUCAAACGACCAGCCGACCAACCCGUGGCUUUCCUGCGCUUGCGUGAGGAGUGCGACUAGCCAUCACGAUUGUAAGCAGACAAAGAAAAUCAUGGCGAGGUGAUGAAAAUACGUGACAAAGAUGGCCUGGCCGGCGGGGACGGAGCGACCACCGCCUCGUGGCUGGACGCGGGCUGGCCCAACUGCAGCGACCCGGGGGCCGGUCUGUGGGCGGCGCUGGCGUGUGACCCGCGCCUGCUGCAGGUCAACACCAGCUCCAACACCAGCUCCUGGCCGGAGCCCGCCGACCCGGGGCCCCUCGCCGACCUCAUCGUCCUGGGCGUCACGUCCGUGGUGCUGGGGCUGCUCAUCCUCGCCACCGUCAUCGGUAACGUGUUCGUGAUCGCCGCCAUCUUGCUGGAGCGCCACCUGCAGAGCGUGGCCAACUACCUGAUCGUCUCUCUGGCGGUGGCGGACCUGAUGGUGGCCUGCCUGGUGAUGCCCCUGAGCGCCGUGUACGAGAUCAGCAAGGGCUGGAUCCUGGGGCCGGAGCUGUGCGACAUGUGGACCUCCAGCGACGUGCUGUGCUGCACGGCAUCCAUCCUGCACCUCGUCGCCAUCGCCGUCGACAGGUACUGGGCGGUCACCAACGUGGACUACAUCCACAACCGCAACAGCGGCCGGAUCGGCGGCAUGAUCGUGGUGGUGUGGGCGGUGGCGCUCGUGGUGUCGCUAGCGCCGCAGUUCGGCUGGAAGGACCCCGACUACCUGGACCGCAUCAACCUGCAGCACCGCUGCCUGGUGAGCCAGGACGUGGCCUACCAGAUCUUCGCCACGUGCUCCACCUUCUACGUGCCGCUGCUCGUGAUCCUCGUGCUCUACUGGAAGAUCUUCCAGACGGCGCGCAAGCGCAUCCACCGCCGGCGACAGCCGAGCACCAUGGCGCCCGGGCCGGGCGCGCUGGGCGCCAAGACGCCAGGCCGGUUCGCGCGGCUGCGCGGCAAGAAGUCCUCGGCGGCGGAGGUGCUGGUGUCCACCGUGAUGCUGGUCGAGGGCCACUCCACCGCCUCGGCGGCCGAGGAGGACCGCAACAGCUGCGGGGCCGCGGAGAAGGAGGACCCGGGGCUCGCGACCACGGCCUUCACCAUCUGCUCGCAGGGGCUGGACGCCGCCGCAGCCAACAACGGCUCGGCGGGGCACGCGCCCAAGGACAAGCUGCUCGCCGGCCCGCCGCGGCGCGACAAGAAGGAGUCGCUGGAGGCGAAGCGCGAGCGCAAGGCGGCCAAGACGCUGGCCAUCAUCACCGGCGCCUUCGUGGUGUGCUGGCUGCCCUUCUUCAUCAUGGCGCUGCUCAUGCCGCUGUGCGAGGCCUGCCACAUCGACGACCUGAUGGCGAGCGUGUUCCUGUGGCUCGGCUACUUCAACUCCACGCUCAACCCCGUCAUCUACACCGUCUUCAGCCCCGAGUUCCGGCAGGCCUUCAAGCGGAUGCUGUGCGGCGGCGGGCGGCGGUCUCGCGCCAGUCGCUUCCGCGGCGGCAAGGGCAAGUAGGCGCGCGUCGCCUGCGCCAGGUCCCAGCACUAACAAGUACUUCGUCGACACGCAAGAUCAUUUGGUUUUAAACUCAGAAUGUUUGGUAGGAUCCCUUUUGACAAUAUAUUUUUGUAGCGGACGUAAAACUGUUGGUGCAGCGUUUUUUUUUUUUGUGUCUUUCCGAGUUCGCGUCGCAAUAGCAACAUUAAGAUGUGUCAAAAAUAUAAUAAUAAUUCAUCGUGUACGUACAAAUAUUUUUUUAUCUAGCCAACAAACAAUAAAAUCCUCUUAAAUGUGUAUGCUACCCUGAACAAUCAGUACGUAAGAAUAACUAUUUAAAUUUUUUUAUGUUACAAAAUUUGAAGAUGAAUGUGAUUGCAUACUUCCCGCUUUUCGUAAUACUGUGCAACGGGUUGAACAUUUCCCAAGGCAUUGAACUUAAAAAAAAUAUACUUUGAAAUUCAGCACACUUUUUUAUACGUGAAUGCGGAAUCCAUAUCAGCUAAUGUUUAUAAGUUUUUUGGUACAUACCUACUCACUAAUCGCAAAGUGGUUCUGCCUAGUAAUGAUAUUGCUUUGUUAAAUGUAAUGUUUUUUAGUUCAGUUUUGGCCUGUUUUUGAGAGGACUUGAUGUAAAUGAUUGUCAGAGAGUGGUUAUCGUGAGUUGGGAUUUUCUCAAAGCCAGGAAAUUACUACCGAGUCUUUCCUAGUAGUUUGUAAAUAUUCGUGUUGGAGUCUGCUGAAUUCUCUUUAACAUCACUAUGAAAUUCCUCUCAGUAUAUAUUUUUAAAUGUUUGCAAUCUUAAGAAAAUCUGUGUGUGUACUAACUGUAAUUAUAUCAUACCUAAUUCUAUUAGGCUAUGCAUAUUUUCGGUGAAACGGGCAAAUAUAUCUUCUUCAUAACAAGAAGAAAUUGUGUAUUAGAUUUAGGUUAACUGUUUAUUUAUAAAUAAGUGAUAUAAUCACUACAAAUUAA